UAUGUAUGUGUGUUUGUAUGCAUAUGUAUGCAUGUAUGCUCUUUAUAGUAUAUAAUGGGUAUGAAGUAACCUGUUCCAUUGUUUUUAGGCCCGUCACUUUGCUUCUGGUGGGGUUAGAUAAUGCUGGGAAAACAACAGCUGCCAAGAGUAUUGUGGGAGAUCCUGUGGAGGAUGUGGCCCCAACUGUGGGGUUUGCCCCUGAGAGUCUGGAAUACAGAGGCUGCGAGAUCACCAUAUAUGACUUAGGAGGAGGAAAUAAGAUUCGACCAGUUUGGGCAAAAUAUUUCUCAGAGGUACAUGGUGUCAUUUUUGUGGUCGAUUCAAGUGAUGCAGCAAGAGUGCGGGAAUGUCGGGAUGUCUUGUUUAGCCUCCUGGCAGAUAAGAAAAUAUCAGGAAAGCCAGUUCUUGUACUUGCCAACAAGCAAGAUGUUGAUGGUGCCUUGGAUGAAAUUGACCUGGUAGAAUCUCUCAGUGUAGAGCAAGUGGUCAACAAAUACAAGUGCCCUACGAGAGUGGAAACUUGUUCAGCUAUCACUACACGCAAACAUAAACCAGACAAACCUAUAGCUGAUGGCUUUCGGUGGUUGAUAGAUACCAUAGUGGUUCAUUAUAAAGAAAUUAACAAGCGGGUAGAAAGUGAUCUCGAGGAGGAACGUGAGCAACUAAAAAAAGAGAUGGAAGAAAGAAAAGAAAGGAUAAGAAGACUCAGAGCAGAAAGGGAAAGACAUGAGGCUUUGAGAAAUGAGGCCAGAUCAAGAGAAAGAGUUCAAGCAGUAGAAGAACAUGAUAGUGAUGCCUCAGAUGUUGCUACUGAUGACAUUAGUCAGCACCCAGGGAUAAGUGGAAUUCCUAAUGGUAUUUUACCUCAGUCCAGAAAGGUGGAAGUUCAUAAAGCAGAGAGAGAUCAUGUGAGUAAUUCUAUAGAAGAACAAGAGCUCAAAGAGCUGGGUUUUACCUCUCGCUCAGAACUUCAGGAUUCGACCUCCUCCUCCCCUUCACCACAGGAGUCUCCUGACUGUAUACCAGCAACAGAAGCAGCAGCAGCAACAACAGUAGAAACAGUAGCAACAUUGGAAACAGUAACAGCAGCAGCAACAGCAGUUAGUUCCCCAGUGAAAGCCUCUGUGUCUCCUGCCACUGAGAGAGAGGAUUCACCUGUGCCUGGCCCUACCAGAUCUCACCGGGUCAUUCUUGUCCAGGAAUCUCCCACACACCAAGCUACUUCUGCUCAGGAAUUGUCAGGAUCUAACUUCUCUUCUAGCACUCCCAGAGAUGAUGACAGUGGGAUUCUUGAAUCUAGUAAUACUAGUAUUGGAAAAGCGUGUAGUGCUCCAAAACUUGAUCUCUCAAAUGAAGAGAGAGCUGAUGAAUGUGUCCCAAUUGAUUCUGAUGAUGAAAUGUUUGAUAUUUCUUCACUUUCUAAUCAAGUACUAAGAGAAAGCACGAGCCCAUUCACUGUCUGUACUGCAUCCAAUCCUUCAAUCAUCAGCUAUGUUAAAGGAGAACAAUUGGAGUUGGAAUCUACAAUUAAACCCUCCAAGAAGAAAUCUUUCUUGAGACGCUACCACAAGACUGCUCCACUAAUGCUAAAUGGAUCUGCUAGUGCAGCAAGUGAUCAAGAGCUUAAUCACACUUCCAGGGUUCCCCCUACACUAGCAUGACAGAAGUUUUAAGCAUUACAUGAGGUGAAAGUACGUCCACCUUAUAAUGCUCUGAUCUUGUGUUGUGUGUAAAUACUGCGCUGUACUGCACAAAGGCAUUUCACUGCUUGAGGUUUAUACAGAUCAGUUUAGUACAACAUGACAUGGUUAACAGAACAGUUUUAGAUCAAAACAUUGUUAUAAACUAUAGUAAAUUUUUGCAUCUGUUAUUUAUUGCUUAUUUGUUAUAAACUGUAGUAAAUUUGUGCGUCUGUUAUUUAUUGCUUAUUUGUUUUCUUACGAUAUAAAAAUUAGCUAAGAUUCAACUUCAUUUUCAAUGCAGACUCACAGACACUAUCUUGGAGUAACUUAUGUUUUGAUUUAAAACUUUUUGUUAGUAAAGUUAAAGGUAUCCUUACCAAAAUCUAUUGUUUUUAAUUAUGAAAAUGUGCUGAACCUGUUGGAGUCAUCAGCACUAAGAUUUUGACAAGGAAGUGUCCUCACUAUUGAAACCAAAGAAAGUACAUGUACACUUGGUUUCCAUCCAUGAACUAGGCAAGGGUGACAGUUGCUACCAAAGGACAAUCCAUGGGAUAUCCCACACCAUAUAAAGGUGACUCAGUUUUGGGGAAGAGAGGCAACCGAGAGCCUCUAGAGAAGUACUUUUAAAGAAAUUGAUUUCUGAUUAAUCCUCUUAUUUUAUUAAUGACCAAAAAUUAGUUAUAGUUGCAAGUGUUUUGUUUCUUCAUAUAAAAUUUGCAGAAUUAGCCUGUCUGGUUUAUUUCAAGGUAUGUAGCGGUGUAGGUUUGUGUCUAGUAAUUGGCUUUUUAAUAAAGGCCUUGAAAAGUGCCUCUAACUUUCUAUGACGAUGAAAAUGCCUGUUUAGUUAUUAAGGCAUUAUGCAGAAGUUGCGGCCAUAUCAUGUAUAUAGCUAGGUCUUGAUUAGUGUGAAAAAUGAAGAAUCCCUCGAAGUGGUCACAUUAUACAAAUUCGCACCUCAAAUUACAUGUAACUUUUACGCAUGAUUUGAAGAGCUUGGAAAAAACUAGCAUUAAUUAAUUUUGCACGUAAUUGAAAUUCACAUUGUUCAAACUCACACUAAUCGAGACAUGGUUGUAUUCCAACAAGAGUUGUGUCUCAAACUAGUUUUAUAUUUCCAGGCAAAGGUUUGCCAUAUGAUUAUUAGAAUAGAUUUUUUGUGAAAAGGGUGUUAAACAUAUAAGUUUUAUAUGUACAGUAUUAUAAAUGAGCUUUUAUGACAAAUAAUCAUGAUAAUUUCCUAACAAUAUUUUGAAAAUCCAUCUAAGUCUGAUUGCUAAUUAGUAUUUUUAGGCAAGAGAAAAUAUAAAUAUUUAUAUUACUUUUAUAGCAAAAUAUGACACCCAGUGGUAUGAGAAAAUUAUUAACCCUUUCAGGGUUUUGGCCGUACUGGUACGGCUUAUGGACCAGGGUCCAUGACAUACUAGUACUCAUAAAUUCUAGCGCCUUCAAAUCUAGUGAGAGAAAGCUGGUAGGCCUACAUAUGAAAGAAUGGGUCUAUGUGGUCAGUGUGCACAGUAUAAAAAAAUCCUGCAGCACACAGUGCGUAAUGAGAAAAAAAAAACUUUGACAGUGUUUUUGGAUUAAAACAGCGACUUUGCGCUGUAUUUUCGUAUGGUAUUUAUUGUUGUAUUCUAGUUUUCCUGGUCUCAUUCUAUAGAAUGGAAGACAUAUUACAGAAAUUGAGAUGAUUUUGAAUAGUUUUACAAUGAAAAGUACCUUGAAAUUGAGCUCAAAGUAGCAGAAAUGUUCGAUUUUUACCAAAGUUCAAAAGUAAACAAAUCAUGCUAAGCGUCCAAUACAUGUCAACUGGUGAGUCUAAUAUUCUUUCACAAGUGCGCCGAUAUUAUUUAUACCAUUUCUACACUAAUGCAGUAGUCUGCAUAACAGUAAAUCUUCUAUUUUUUGUGAGAAUAAAAAUUCAAAAUGGAAAGCAAAAGAAUGUAAGAGAGGUGUGGGGACAUGACUAAUGAACAGAGGAAAUAUUAUUUUAGUGCCAGGAAUGUCUUUCUUGUUUAUUCUGGACCCCAUUUGGAAAUUGGCAUCUUUUGAAAUUUGUGUGAAAUUAGCAAAAUUGCUAAAUUCUGACCACUGUAUUGGAAAGUUGAAAUCGGUAAAUUGGUGGUUUCUUGUACUUAUUCGAUAGAAAAAAUGGAGUUCUAGUGAAAUAGUUAUGAUUUUUGUCAACUAGUACAUUGGAAUUGGCCGAAAAUAGGGCUCAAAGUGGGCAAAAUCGCUGAUGCAUGAACAUUGUCGAGACCGCUAACUUAGCGAGAGCAUAAUUCCGUAAGUUUUCCAUCAAAUUUCAUACUUUUGGUGUCAUUAUGAUUGGGAAAAGAUUCUCUAUCUUUUCAUUAGAUUUUUUUUUUUUUUUUUUU